CUAAUCACAAAUUCACAAGGUCGUCAUUCAAAUUUCCGAAUGCUUGACUCUCCUCUAUUUUCCUUCAUCCUCUGUAGUCUGAACUCGAUCGUCCAUUAUAUUCUCUCUCCUUUCAAUUACAUAACACUCCCAAGGCGCAACCUCACUCAGAGACUCCCCAUUUCUUCCUAUAAUAACACAAAUACCCUUCAAUCCUCCAAUCCCAAUGAUUCGCCCUGCUUUUCCUCUCUCGAACUCUGUAAUUUUCACCGAAUCCUGCACUUCCAUUCACCUAUUUUCACCGAAAUAAGUUCCCAACAUGCUAUCAAUCAUUCCGAAUUUCUCGGAUUCCGUGGAAAAUUGAUCGAUUAAAGUUUUGAGAUUUGGAUAUAAUCAGUUCAAUUGAAUUCAGGGUUUUUAGUAUUUUUGGGUGAAAUGAAGAUCGAAGAGUUGGAUGAGACCGGUGAGAGCAUGUGUAGAAGUGAAAGCGAAACCAGGUUGAUGAUAGUUCGAGUCGACGCGAAGCGAGCGCUAGUCGGAGCCGGUGCUCGGAUCCUCUUCUACCCGACCCUUCUCUACAAUGUUUUCCGCAACAAAAUUCAGGCUGAGUUUCGAUGGUGGGAUCAGAUUGAUCAGUUUCUCUUGCUUGGAGCUGUACCGUUUUCAAAGGAUGUACCUCGAUUGAAGAAGCUUGGAGUUGGUGGUGUAAUCACUUUGAAUGAGCCAUAUGAAACAUUGGUUCCGACCUCACUAUACCGUGCACUUGGGAUAGACCAUCUUGUCAUUCCAACCAGAGAUUAUUUGUUUGCCCCUUCAUUUGGGGAUAUUAACCGAGCAGUGGAUUUUAUUCACAAAAAUGCAUUGAGUGGUCGGACUACAUAUGUCCAUUGCAAAGCUGGGAGGGGAAGGAGUACAACCAUUGUGCUUUGCUAUUUGGUGGAGUAUAAAAACAUGACUCCUUCAGAGGCACUGGAGUAUGUUCGCUCAAUAAGACCUAGAGUCCUAUUGGCUCCUUCUCAAUGGAAGGCGGUUCAGGAAUUCAGGCAGUGGCGAGCGGCAUCAACUUCUUCAUUCUCUCCAUCCGGAGAUGCUGUACUGAUCACAAAAGCAGAUCUAGAAGGGUACAAUAGCUCUUCCGAUGACAACAUUGGUAAGGAGUUGGCAGUUGUACCCCGAAUGACACGGACGACAAGCCCAAUGAUAGCAAGGCUAUCCUGCCUGUUCUCGACGUUGAAAGCUUCAAGCAGUUGCGGGCCAAUCACAAGGCAGCUGACUGACGCCCGCGCUUGCUAGUACAAAACUGCUCGCUCUCUUGUACAGAAGAGGAAUACUCGAAAUAAGCUUAGCAGAGUGGUAUGUGUACCUCUAAUCCCUUGUUUAUGUGUGAAUACCGUGUAUCGUAAGUAGGAGGAAAACUGCGUUAAAUUAUGUCUGUAUAACUUAAUGUUUGAUGUGUAUAUAUAUUUGGAAGAAUUUUUGUUGAUUCA